AUGGGCGUUCUGGGCGACAUCGACUUCUCCAAGCCCGGCCCGGCUGGCACAACGGUAACGUGCACAGACGUGGUCUCCUCGCUGGAGUACUUCUACGCAGCAGAGAAGCCACCCGAGGAGCUCCCAACAAUCACAGUACUUUACAGUUCUGACACAAAGAGGCCCGGAGUGAGUAGUGGUCGGGAAAGAGUAGUACUUGCUGGACGUUUGCAUCCCUCAGGGGCGAGUUCCUGCCAAUCACGAGAUUGGCCCAACUGCAUGCUUUCGUGUCGGCCUGGCACGAUGCGAAGUCCCCGGAGCUGA